UCUUCAUUGGCCUCACUGAAUUGUGCUGCGUUAAAUACCGUCGGAGCGCCCUGUGCAGCGCCUUGUUGUCGACUUGCGUUCACUCCCUCGGUCUGACGCUCCAUCAAUAAACCGAUAGGUGAAAGCGCACGCGCUCUCUCAUCGGUAAAAUCUGUGAACCGCGUCGCUGGCUCCUCUCCUUCAGCCUCCCAGCUAGCUUAACCCCCCUCGCUAGCGUUAGUUUCGGGUAAAUGGGAUAGUUCCUCAUUGCGUUUGACCGAAACAGGCAGUUCUGCUGUUUAUCUUAUCAGUCCGUCCACUCCGAACAUCAGAGACUGCUAUGGAGCGGCAUGGUGCCGUGGGCUGCGUGAACAUCGGGACCCUGACGAGCACUUUGCCUGCGAUCCCUUACCAGAAGCUGACGGACCUUUACUACCUGAGCAGGGGGGGCUUCGGCACCGUGUUCAAGGCGCAGCACUCCGACUGGAGAACCACCGUGGCCAUCAAGUGCCUGAAGCUCGACUCGGUGGGAGAGAGAGAGAGGAACUGCCUGCUGAAGGAAGCUGAGGUGCUUCACAAAGCCCGGUUCAACCACAUCAUCCAGAUUUUUGGCGUCUGCAACGAGCCAGAGUUCUUCUGCAUAGUUACAGAGUUCAUGAGCAACGGCUCUCUGGAUCAGCUGCUGCAUGAGAAGGAGCUGUACCCCGUUCUCGCCUGGCCUUUGCGUCUGAGGAUUCUCUACGAGAUCGCCCUGGGGGUGAACUUCCUCCACAACAUGACUCCACCUCUGUUACAUCACGACCUGAAGACGCAGAACAUUCUGCUGGAUGGGGAAUUUCACGUGAAGAUUGCAGACUUUGGUCUGGCAAAGUGGAGGCAGCUGUCUGUGAGUAAAGGUUCAGGGUCAAAGCCUACAGAGAUGGAGGGCACCGUGAUCUACAUGCCCCCUGAGGAGUAUGAACCGUCUAAGACCCGGCGGGCUGACGUCAAACACGACAUGUACAGCUAUGCCAUCAUUAUGUGGGAGGUGCUAUCCAGGCAGAUUCCCUAUGAAGAGGUGACCAACCCCAUGCAGAUCAUGUUCAGCGUGCUGCGUGGGAAACGUCCCGACACCAGCCAGGGCAGCCUGUCUGCAGACAUCCCCAGCAGAGAGACGCUCAUCAGCCUGAUGACGAGCGGCUGGACCGCUAACCCCGACGAGCGGCCUUCUUUUCUCAAGUGUUUAAUUGAGCUGGAGCCGAUGGUGAGGCGAUUCGAUGAGAUAGAGUUCCUGGAGGCUGUGCUGGAGAUAAAGAGGUCAAAGCUGAGACGUGGAUCAGACUGCUGUUCAUCUCAGCCUGCAGAGCAUGAGAAGAGAAACGAGGCCGGGUCUCUAAAUAACCUGAAGGAACCCGCCACCCCAUGGCCUCUGCAGUGCACCUCGUCAGCUUCCUGCUCAGGAUCUUAUUCCCCUCAGGAGGAAAACAUCUCCCUGCCAGGCGCCCUCAUCAGCACUCAUGCUGCUUCCUCUAAACAAAGCCUUCCCUCCUCCUUCAUAGUUCCCAAUCUGGAGCAUCCACAGUCUCUGAAGGAUCCCCGUGAGGUCAGCUGCUUCCAGCCCAACAAACUUAUGAAUGAUUUAAACAUUCCCAUCGCGUCUGCCAUGCCUACCGCCGAGGCUGAAUCAUCGAUGGAGAACCUCAACCUUAAAGCUGAUCACUCGCCUCCUCUGCACCGCCCCGCCACGUCCCAAGGCCCCGUCGCUCGCUGGAUAGCGAUGCGGCGAGAGGACAUCGUCCUCCAAAUGACAGAGGCCUGCCUGAACCAGAGUCUGGACGCGUUGCUCGCCCGCUCCAUGCUGAUGCGAGAAGACUACGAGCUGGUGGUCAACCAGCCCACGCGCACCGCCAAGGUCCGCCAGCUGCUGGACAACUGUCACAAACACGACGAGGACUUCUGCCGGAUCGUCGUGCGCAAGCUGGUGGACAACAACCAGGGAGGCCUGAAGCCGUACCCGCCGGAGAUCUGCUCCCCGACCAGCGCCGCCGUCCCCAGCGCGCCGCCGCUCUCCGUCUCCUACAGCAACCACAGGAACUUUUAGCAACACCCUGAGGAAAGCUAACAGAAACUCUUCAGGUCGACACUACAGCUCUGUUCUCAACAUGUCGAGCUCAGUCUUUCAGCUGGCUACCGGUUAUGGUACAAAUUGCAUACCAACUAAAAAAAUUGAGGUUUUUUUUAUGAAACCAAAAGGCUUUAGACUGUACCAGUGUUGUGUGUAAAAUGGGUUGGAUUGGAGAGGAAACCAAAAGGUUUUUAACAGUCUGGUCCUGUUUUGGUGUGUUCAGAGUGUGUGUGCAUUUCCUCUUGUUGGUGCUUAUUUAUUUAGUGGAGGAAACAGGA